CUCUCCUCGCUCCCGCCCGGGUGCCACCGAGCCGAGGCGCCGGGCGGGCAGCGGGCGGGCGGGCGGCCGCGCCAUGAGCGCCGAGUGCAGCAGUUACCUCAACGCCGACAAGGUGCUGGUGAGCGGGUUCAGCUGCCCGCGGGCGGGCGGCGACGCCCGCGCCGUGUUCUGCUGCGGCUUCCAGGACAUCAAGUACUGCUGCGAUGACCCCCACAGCUUCUUCCCCUACGAGCACAGCUACAUGUGGUGGCUCAGUGUUGGAGCACUCGUGGGCCUGUCAAUAGCAGCAGUGGUCCUGUUUGCUUUUAUCAUCACUGUGUGUGUUCUCUGUUACCUGUUUAUCAGCACCAAGCCACGCAGCAAACUCGAUACUGGUUUGAGCUUACAGACAGCAGACAGUGAGGCCAGAGGGAGUUCAAUAUGUUAAAGACAGAGGCACUGAAUGGAUUCUACCAAUGUUUUGAAGAAAAGAGAUACAGAGCUGCAUCCAUGACAAAGCCCCCACCAAAACAAGCUGUUGCCAGAGCCAAGUGACUUCAAGACACUUCCUAAGGCACAAGGAUGGACUGUGACUGUAAGCCACAAGAACCUGACUCGCUCUUCCAGAGGUGUUUCCUGGCUC